CAGGGGUGGGGGCGAUGGGGGUGGGAGAAGCUGGGGCCAGGGCAGUGUCCCUGCACCCUGACUCAAGGCUGGGGGCCUGUCUCCUGGGGCAGUGUCCUGCCAGAUGUAUAGGAAAGAGCUCCUGUGGGCCUUCUCACCUCCAGCUCAGGUCUUCCCCAUCCUUUAUCUGGAAGAAUCCAGUGGCUGGAGUCUUGGGACCUUGCUUCUGAGCUGGCUUGACUGUGGAGAGGGGUCUCUGGCUUCCCCUCCCUGCUCUGGGCUUGCAGCCUCACCUCCUGCCAAGGCUGAGUGAGGUGGCGUCUUGACCCUGGUGAGAGUAAGAAGCCCCCAGCCCAUAAUUUCCUGAAAUGCUCCUGGCUAGAGGAGACUCCCAUCUGUCUGCAUCAAACCUGGAAAGUGGGGGAUGGAGCAUGGAGUGGGGUCCAUGCCCAAGGGUCUGGUGGGAGCUGGACUGAGCUGGGAAUCCCAGAUGGGUUUCUGGGAUGAGGUGCACAGAAAUGUCCUUAGCAAGAAAGUGAGAGCAGAGUGCUGGAGGGACCCCAGUGGGUGAGAGUUGAUUGUUUAGUCCAGCCUCCCCAGCACUUUUGUUUUUGCUCCCUGACCUUGUGGGAAUUGACCCGGGGCAGGGACCAGAGAGCAGGCUGCCACUCGGAGGGGCUGACUCCGCCAGCCUUCAGUUGGGCAGGCCCCGGGGUGGCUCACUGUGGGAGCCCUUGUGAAAUACCCUGGAUGGGGUGGGGCAGGGGCUGCUUCCUGCAACCCAAAGCCACAGGAUGGUUACUCCAUCAGUGGAGGAGGCAGACUGGGAGGGCCGGAGGGGCCUCGGGCCAGGCUCCUCCCAGCUGAUGGCCUGCCACCUGGAAGGUGGGGGAACUCCCUAGUCAGUCCUGCCAACAGACCAGAGCUAGAUGGACGGCCCACCCUCAGCUUCUCAAAAGAGCGCCUGCUCGCUGUGCCCCCGGGUUAUGACGACCCCCAAUAAAGGAAACAAGGCCUUGAAGGUGAAGCGGGAGCCGGGUGAGAAUGGCACCAGCCUGACGGAUGAGGAGCUGGUGACCAUGUCGGUGCGGGAGCUGAACCAGCACCUGCGUGGCCUGUCCAAGGAGGAGAUCGUGCAGCUGAAGCAGCGCCGGCGCACGCUCAAGAACCGCGGCUACGCGGCCAGCUGCCGGGUGAAGCGGGUGACGCAGAAGGAGGAGCUGGAGAAGCAAAAGGCGGAGCUGCAGCAGGAGGUGGAGAAGCUGGCCUCGGAGAACGCCAGCAUGAAGCUGGAGCUCGACGCACUGCGCUCCAAGUACGAGGCGCUGCAGACCUUCGCCCGGACGGUGGCCCGCAGCCCCGUGGCGCCAGCCCGGGGCCCCCUUGCCGCCGGCCUGGGGCCCCUCGUCCCAGGCAAGGUGGCCGCCACCAGCGUCAUCACAAUAGUAAAGUCUAAGACGGAUGCCCGAUCGUAGGGACGCGCGUCUGCCCAGGCGGGUCUUUGCGGGGCCACUAGGCAUAUGGCGAAUUCGGCUGCCCUGUCCCUCUGUUUCCUUCUCUUCUCUUUCCUCCCUCUCUUCUCCGCCCUUUUCUCUUCCCUGCAAAGCACAACCUGUGCCCCAGGGGCGCCGGGCUGAGCCCCUUGGAUCUCGUCAUUGUCGUCGUGUGUUUUGUAUGUUGGGAUUGGUCAGUUCGGCGGUGACGUGGGGUCGCCCCAACCCCUUUUGUACCAGGGCCAUGCAGUCUUGGAGUCCAGAGUUGGUGCUGUGGGAAUGGACUGGAGAGAGUUGCGGGAAAGAGAAGGAGAAGGCAUGCUGGGCCUCGUGUCCCAGAGCAGUGAGGGUUCCAGUGUGCCCUCCACUCCCGAGUGGCCACAGGCUUGUGGGCUGGAAAGGAUUCACUCUCUUUAGCCCCAGGAGGGCAGCUCAGCUUAGCCCAGCACAAAGAGAUGGGCUCUGCUCUGAGAGUAGGGCAGCCUUGAAGGCCCUGAUGGGUGGACCACCAGCCUGGGCACAGUGGUGCUGGGGGCGUGCAGUUGGGGCCAAGGGCUGUGCGCUCAGGCCUGACCCGUUGCACUGAACAAGACCAAAUCGCUGGCUGUGCACUUACGUGAGGGUGAGCCCAGUGUGCCCUGCGAUGGGUCCCGUGUCACUGUUUACAUGACCUAUUUGUGUGGUUAUAUAGCCCUUUAUUUAAAAGAGAGAAGUUCCUUUUACAAAGUUAUUAAAUUAAUUAUAUGUUUAAAAGUUAAAGAAAAAAAGAGCUGCAGAGUAUUUAUAAAACUGUCUUUUAGAAAAAAAAAAACAAGCAAGAAGACCAUUUGACCAUAUAAAUGGAAAAGGGAAGAAAGUAUAAUAGAAACUUUGCUAGUUAAAAAAAAAGAAAAAAAACAAAAAAACAAAAAAAAUCCCUUUCUUGUAAACUUACGGACAACUCUUUGUGGCUGUUGGAGUUUAGUUUUUAUAUACACAGAGUUAUCAGACAUUAUUUAUAAAACUUAGUUUAAAAAAAGACAAAAAAAAAAAGCCAAGCCGUGAGCCGACCAGAAGGCCGUCCUCUUUGAUAUCUUUUGCAAUUGUACCGAAAGUGACUUACUCCUCUGCCCUUCCUGCUUCCGUCUCUUGCCGGUGCCGUGGUGUCGUCCGUGCCUGGUGAGGUUUUGUGCAGCGGUAAAGUGCUGGUGCUUCUGGUGACCUUUGACCUGUGGGUGUCACUUCUUGCGUCUGUUUUCCCGUGUUCGUUUUUUGGGUUUAGUUGUGCUUUUGCUUCUGCUGGCUUGCCGGACCUGGGCUGGGGUGCCAGGUGGCACCUGCUGCGUCAGAGCUCAAGGCGUCUGUGCCCACCACCAGCUCCUGGUCCCUAGGAGGUGAGAUGGGGGGUUCUGUCACACUCCCCCCCGACUGAGCCUUGGCUACAUCUGUGUCUAGGGCUUGGGCUGAUCUGGUGGCCAGGUAGCUGAAACUGGGGGCCCCUUGGGGCCCCCCCACACUGCUCCACACCUACCACCUCUGGCCUUGGGUGGUGGUGUUGCAGGGACCAAGGAGUCACUGUGGGUGGCCACAGGGCUGUGGCCAAGCGUUCUCUGGCUGUCUUCCUCUGGCCUCGGUUUUGUUCCUAUAGGCUUCAUGUGGGGCCUCAGCCAGGGAACCCCAGGGGCCCGCACUGUGGGCUGCAGGUUUCACCACCUACUUGAUCCCUGAGGCGUUUCCAUGCUGCGGGUGGUGCUUCCAGGCAGAGUGGUUGGGGGCCCACCAGGGGCAACCCUUUCUUCCUUGUCCCUGCCGCACUCUGAGAGCCUUGGGAGUAUCCACCAGUGCAGACAAGGGCUACAGUCUCCAGGGCCGGUCUUGUCCCUCUUCUCCGCUGGUCCACGCUGGCAGCUCUUGGCUUUGGGCUUGCCUUCUGCCUCCCUUUGGGGUCUGUGUCUUCCAGGGAUCAGCUGCUUGGCUUCUGCUGGAGGUGCCUCCCUCUGGGGGCCCAACCUGCCUCCUGCUCCCAGUUCCUCGCCAGAGGCUGGCGCCCUUCCCGGCUGGGCUCAGGAGGCUCCUUAUAGGCAUAUGACGGGGAAGGGGUGCCCCCACCCACCUCUAAGAGGCUGCAGCCCUGUGUCUGGCCAUGUGAGCCUUGGCCUUUCACCAGGGUUGCUGGUUUCUUCUCUGUGGGGCCCAGACUCCUGUAAAGCACACAAAUGGGGGCUGGUAAGAUGAAAAACUGGCCUGACAGGGCUUAACCCUGUGGAUGGUGGGAUUUUGAUCCAAGAGUUUGGCCUGGUGUGCCCAUGAGAUGGGAACAGGGAUGUACCAUCAACCCUUGUCAUCUGAAUGAGCUUUUCUUUGCUCUAAGCAUUCAGAGACAAGUCCUGUUUCCACCUGGGUCGGCCUGAAAAUGGAAAUUUUGGCUGUUGAUUCAUGUCAUUUAGUGACUUCAUCCCCCUCCCCUCAGUCUGAUCUUGUCUAAGUAGAAUCCAGGCGUCAGUUGGAAUCAUAUCAUAAGUAUCCAUAAAGAAAACGUCAUGGUCUGCCUUGGAGCAGGGAUAAACAGGCCCUCCCUGUCCUUGUGCGGCCCCCACUUUUGUCCUGGCUGCAGGUGGCCCUCCAUUUUGAGCACCUCUGCCAGGCUGCAGACCUGGAGGCAAAGGGAGUGCGGAAGAGGAGGGUGUAAGGGUCAGCACGUACGGAAUGGGAGGUGCAGGUCCUGGGUGCGUUGGCAGAAGAGGCUUCUGGAGUUGCGAGGCCAUACCUCCUUUCAAGAGCUUUGGAUUUGGAGCGACUUCCUUGGGUCUAGGGGAGUGUUCCUAUCCCCUGUCAGGCCAGCCCUGGGGAGCCACUCUAACCCCUCUUCCCCUUCCCCUGGAUUUCCUGACAUAGAUGCUGUGUUCAUGUGCAGACGUGAACGUGCUGUCCUUCUGAUCUCUGUUAAUCCCGCUUUCCUACUGAGAGGGUGGUGGUCUCUUCUCACCUCAGUUUUGCUGACACAGCGAAUCGAGGGCUUUGGCCAAGGCCAGGUCUCUCAAACUUGUCCGCCAAGUAGUAAACCGUGAUAUAUGUCUUCCCUUCCACCUUGACUUUGCCCCAACUCCUCCUUUAUCCUAACAUGGACACUCAGAUUUCAGAGGAAUACCCAGCAGGGACAAGUCAGCUCCCACCGGGAGAGUGAGGCCCCUGGCUGCUGCUCCAGGUGGCGCUGGUGUUGCUGGGGCUUUGGCUCUCGGUGCACGUUUCAGAUAUGCGUGCACACUUCUGACCGGUGGUCAGGGCCCGGCCCACGGCCCUGAGCGGCUGCAGCCUGCUUUGGGACGAUGGUCAGGUCCCAUGUUGUCCCUGCUGCCUCCCUCUGGAGUGGCCACUUGGCCAAAGCUCCCAUCCACAUCUGGAAAGUCUGAGCUGUGGCCUGCUGCACCGUUUCCGCUCUGGGAUCUUGUGAGUUACUUUUUUAGCUGUGGUUUCGUGAAAGGAACCAACACAUUAACGAUUUUUCCCCCCAGAAGCCACUGAAUAAUUCUUUUUGGUGUAUUUUUGCCUUCCUGUUGGCUGUCUGGCCUUGGAGCAGGUCGGGAGAGUGAAGUACAUAAUCAGUGCCGCACAGAGGCAGGGCAUGUCUGAGACCGAUGCCUGUCCUGCCUCUGGCCUGUGUCCUGGGUGUGUGCCGUGCCUGCUGGGCCAGUCCCACACAUUUCCACCCUGCCCCCGGAGCAGCAGCUUUGAUACCGUGGGUGUCCCUUGAGUCUGAGCUAGAGUGUGUCCCCGAUAAACUGUGAGACCUCCCUGUUCUUGGUGACCCCAGUUGGGCUUUGACCCCUCCAGCAAACCUUGUGUCCCAUCCCUGCCCUUCUUCCCACCCCCUCAAUCUGCUAGUCCCUGAAGCCUUUAACCAAACGGGAGUGGGCACAGAAAGCCUUCUCCUGGCAACAGGACAAGGGCUGCCCGUGUGUCCAGCCCUGUUGCUCUCCUGGCACUGAGAGGUGGGUCCAAGCAGAGUUGAUCAGUCCCCCUGCCAGCCCUGCCUAGGUCUAGCCAGGGGAGGUUGUGUGUGUGUGGGAGAAGACCCCGGGAUGUGCUGGGGUGGGAUGGAGGUUACUAAAGAUCUAAGUGAGGAGGGGCUGGGGUUUGGAUGCGGGGUGAGGCCCGAGCGCUCACACUUCGUGUAGGGCUGGCAGGGGCCUGACCUCGGGCAGGGCAGUGGCCUUGGUGCCCCACCCCUGCCCUGCGCAGUAUUUAUUGCUAAAUUAUUGUCCAGGAGGGGCAGCACUGGGCCUGGCCCCCCGGGUAUUUAUUGCUGUACAUAGUGUAUGUUUGUGAUAUAUAAGGUUUUCUUUAUUUUGUAUAUGAUCAAUAAACCUUUUAAAGAGA